GCGCGCGUGCGCUCCGCACUCAGCUGUUCAGAUGGCGAGAUGAAAGCGGCUCUCAUUGGCUCCGUGAGCUCUUCAUCUAGAGGAAUCCAACUAAUUUGUCCUUCAGGAUUAGACCAGAAGGUAGAUCACACGCCAACAUCCAGGGCUAAAAUGAGAUUUUCUGCUUGUAAGCCCGUGUAACUCCGCGGUCUGGACAUUUUCUUUCAUUAUUAUUUCCGUGAGCGAAACUUUCCGUGGUUCCAGACGGGAAGAGAAAUAUGCGACUCGUAAACGAAGUGCAAUUAUUUUUUUUUACAAAACCUGAGCUCGUGAGAUCAGGACAGACAUCUGUUUAGAAGAGGAGACAUGAAGGGCAUUGCGUAUCUCCUGCUGAAACUUGUGCUCUCAUCUAGAUCUGCUCGCUUUACUCACGAAAAAUGAAGCUUUCUGCACAAUUCCACAGGAGGUCUUGGUUAAUAAGCUGUAGAAGUGAAUAUCACCUUAAACCUCGUGCAGUUUCCUUUGCACUAACAAACCGGUGUAUAGGAGGAGCCACAUGACAUGGCUUAGUGGUGAUUUCUAUCAUUUUAAUGCUGCUGCUUUCUCAAAUGUUAACAAGCAACACGUAUACAAGUCGUAAAGCAUCCAAGUGGAUAUCUACUAACUUUUACACUAUGGAUUCAAGAAAGCUUCCAGUUUUCAGGAUAUCAGAGCAUCUUUCAGUUCAGUCUAGUUGAGCACAUCCCGGUGGCUCUUAUGGGAAUGAAACACUCCUCCCGCUGUUUGCUCCUACGGAGGAAAAUGGCGGAACCGGACAGCCCUGAGCAGCAGCCCCUCAGCUCAGCACCAUCUCACUCAGUGCAACCUUCUCCUUUGCCUAAACCAGUGCCCUCGGUCAAACAUGCUGCACGGCCCACACACCCCUCACACAACCCACACACUCCCCACGCAGCGUCCCUGCCCAACUGCCCAGGCAGAGGCAAGAUGGCCAAGUUCCUCAAUCCAGAAGAGAUGACCUCCAGAGAUUACUACUUUGACUCCUAUGCUCACUUCGGCAUCCAUGAGGAAAUGCUGAAGGACGAGGUCAGGACACUGACCUACAGGAACUCUAUGUACCACAACAAACAUGUCUUCAAGGACAAAAUUGUGCUCGAUGUAGGGAGUGGUACUGGCAUCCUGUCCAUGUUUGCUGCCAAGGCCGGUGCCAAGCAUGUGUAUGGGAUCGAAUGUUCCAGCAUAUCAGAGUACUCUGAGAAAAUCAUCAAAGCCAAUCAUCUGGACAGUGUUAUCACCAUCUUUAAAGGAAAGGUAGAGGAGACGGAGCUGCCGGUGGACCAGGUGGACAUCAUUAUUUCAGAGUGGAUGGGCUACUGCCUUUUCUAUGAGUCCAUGCUCAAUACUGUCAUCUAUGCCAGAGACAAGUGGCUGAAACCUGGUGGCCUGAUGUUUCCAGACCGAGCUGCUCUCUAUGUUGUGGCCAUCGAGGACAGGCAGUACAAGGACUUCAAGAUUCAUUGGUGGGAGAAUGUUUAUGGCUUUGACAUGACCUGCAUCAGAAAUGUAGCAAUGAAAGAGCCACUGGUUGAUAUAGUGGACCCAAAGCAAGUGGUGACCAAUGCAUGCCUCAUUAAAGAGGUGGAUAUUUACACAGUGCAACCAGAGGACUUGUCCUUCACCUCAGCCAUCUGCCUGCAGAUCCAGAGAAACGACUAUGUCCAUGCACUUGUCACCUACUUCAACAUCGAGUUCACAAAGUGUCACAAGAAAACAGGCUUCUCCACAGCACCAGAUUCUCCCUACACACAUUGGAAACAGACAGUUUUUUACCUCGAGGAGUAUUUGACUGUGAAGAAGGGAGAAGAGAUUGUAGGCACCAUCACCAUGAAGCCCAAUGAAAAUAAUGCACGUGAUUUGGACUUCACGUUUGAGCUGGAUUUUAAGGGUCAGCUAUGUGAAACUGACAUCGCUCAUGACUAUAAAAUGCGUUAGGCGUCCAGCAGGGGGCGAGAAAGUGCCCGUGUACCACCAUGGCGACCAAGGAAGUGGCACUUCCCUACCCACAGUGCCAGAGACCAGGCACAGAGGCUGAGUGCAUAAUGACCUAGGCCACGACUCUGCUCAUCUUUGAGAGAUGUGCUAAUAUUUCUGGAGCUGAGUGCCUCUCUGAGCAAUAGCAGCCUUGCCAUGGCCAAUAACAGCGUGCACUAGUCCAACAUUUCUAUGACUGUUCACAAGGCAACUUUGAAUGUACUGCUAAUUAAGCUCAAGAAUGUUACUAUCCUCAUGAAUGUGAAGAGUCAGUUCAGAAUCAGAGGAAUAUUACGUUUUGGUUCUAGUGACAAAAGAAGUUUAUUUUUUAGCUUUUAGUUUGUGGUGUGAAGUCAAGACAGUAUGUUAGGCCAUGUUACUAUAAGCACUAAUCUACUGCACUACAAUAAAGUAUUUUACAAGAAUUAGAUGUGCAAUCCAGGCACACACAUUUAAGGGUUUAUUUUUGAUAGUAUUGUUCAAGAAAACUCACUACAAUAGCUAUUUAAGAUAUUUAGGAGAACUAGAAAAUAACGAUUUAUGAACUUUUCCUUCUGUGGUGCAAUAUGUAGUGAGCGUGAAGGCGUCUUGUUCCUCAGUGUCAGUAUUUGUGUUUCAAUGCAAAUAUUCUUACAUAUCCGAGUACAUCUACCAACAGAUCAGGGAAUGAAAAGAGAAACAGGCAAGAUGGAUGAGAACACAACACAGUGGGGCCAUGCAGGAGACUUUCAGUAUACAGCAGGAUGCAUGAGUGUGUGUAUGUGUGUAUUCACCUGUGCUCUUACUGAACUCAUCACCGAGGUACCUCCUGACCUUCUGUCCUGCUUCAAUCCAAAGAUAUUCUGUUUUUAAAUGACAUGGUAAUUAUAUUCACUUUCACCAAAAUUCUGGUAUAUAAAUAGAACAUCUUCAAACAUUCUGAUCUGAUUAAAGAGGGGGAAAAAUAGAGUCUUGAACCGUGUUUAAAAAAGUGUUAUAGAUGUAAGAAAGUAUGUGUUAGGAACAAACAGGAGUUUAGGAAUAUUUCAUUUAGGAAUAGUGAAGUCAAUCAUACAUAAUGUGUAUAAAUAUAUAUAUAUAUAUAUAUAUAUAUAUUGUUAAAAAGUGUGACCAGUAGAGGGCAGGAAAAGCACAGUGUCUGAAUACAGUGACAGUUUAAUUAUGUUUUGCAGAGGACAGCUUUCUCUGAUGGGAAUUUUGAAGUAAUGUACAUUCAUAAUAUUACAAGGUAAAUUAAAAAGGCAGCGCAUUCAUAUCAGUGAAAUUUCUCAGCUAUCCAAGGUUUUGCUAUUUUUCAGUGAGUCUUUUUUUUUCCCCAGCAAAAUGAUAGAUCAUGCAUGUUCGAAGGCACUAAACUGUUUCAUUUUACUAUCACCUUCAUUUACAGGAAGUUCUGCCAGGAAGUACAGAACUCAAAGUAUCCAUUAAUGACGACAUUCAUGUAAAUACUAUUUCUUUUUAUUU